AUGACGGGUAUACACCAUGACACUCACCAUGAGUCUCAUUUGUUAGGAGACUCCGGAAAUGUUGGACUGGAAGCAGUGAACUUGUGGAAGAGAGGUGUUUUGAAAGAAAAGGACGGCUUGAUGAUGGAUGCCAUUGGAUGCUACAGAAGAGCCUUGAAGAUGGACGGAGAAGUAGAGAAGCAGUACCGCAAGCUAGUUCAUCAAGAAACCCAGACGAUGCGGGAGAUGGAGAAACUCUCUUUGCAGUCUCGGCUACCAAGCACCCAAGAAGGAAAAGAAGCUGAAAAAGCUGGUGAUCUCGUAAAGGAAUCAGGGGAGCAGGUCGAACAAAAUGACUUGCCUUGUUGGAUACUCGAAAUGCUGCCGGACGAUAUUCUUAAAAAGAUCGUGCUGGAAACAGUGCUCAUAUCAGGAGAAUCCUGGUUGAACCUGUCCUUAACUUGCAGGAGGUUUCAUCGGCUAUGCUUCAGAGAGCCCGAGCCGUACCGAACGUUUGCGCAACACAUAUACUCUCUGCAGCACUACGACAAGGCAGCGAUGGCCCUCAAUGGCCUCAGUAGUAUCAAGACGCUGGAGGAAGCUUUUUGGGGUGUGGACUACAGGCGUAUGCUCGAAGAACGAGCAUACGUAAAGUUCCAAGGCUGCUACAUCAGCGUGGUGAAUUACCUCCGACAAGGAGCUAGCGCGGAGGGCUCGUCCUCUUGGAUAAACCCCGUGCACAUGAUAACGUACUACCGAUACUUUCGUUUUUACCCCGACGGAUCCUGCUUGCGGCUAGUGACAACAGAUGAGCCUUCUAAUGUUGUCAGAGGCUAUGACCGUGACAAAGAUAUCAAGAAUGCGGAUCUUUGUCAUUGGUCCCUGAGUAUUGAUGAUGAUCUAUCCCUAUUAACAAUUACUAGACGCAAUGACAAGUAUUCGUUUGAGGAGAAGCUGCGAAUACAUAAACAUGCUCACAAAACACACCAGAGGCUCAAGUGGGUUAGUUCUGGAGCUUUUGAUAAUCGCGGAGAAAGAAUAGAUUUCUCGAUGCGCAAUGAGAAACCUUUUUCUUUCUCCAGAGUCACCUCAUACAAACCUGUCAAAGAGGACCAUGGAGGAAAUAGAUAA